AAAGUGAGACAGAACGUUUAUUGUUAUGUGACUUAAGGGAAAGUAAUCGAUUUAGUCAAUCGCAAACGGUGAUGAAAUUGAUGAAUGAAUGAUGAACGUGUCGGAAUAUUCGUUUUAUGGGAAUAUUAGCGACGAAUUGAGAUAUUUGGAAAAAGUACGCGGCCCUAAAUACUUACCCCUAACGUUGAUAGUGCCUAUUACUCUCACGUACGUCGUCAUCUUUGUAACCGGAUUUGUUGGCAAUAUCAUCACUUGCAUCGUUAUUUGGAGAAAUCCGAGCAUGCAGACACCGACGAAUUAUUACCUCUUCAAUUUGGCGGUAUCCGAUUUGCUGUUUCUAAUACUAGGUUUACCCUUUGAACUGAGCGUAUUUUGGCAACAAUAUCCAUGGCAGUGGGGAUUAGGGAUAUGCAAACUAAGAGCGUACGUCUCUGAAACGUCCUCUUACGUGUCGGUAUUAACUAUAGUGGCAUUCUCAAUAGAAAGAUAUUUGGCAAUUUAUCAUCCUCUUCGUCAUUAUCGGAGCGGUCUGAAACGUGCUAUACGAUCUAUCUUUGGUGCAUGGCUGAUAGCUUUAAUUUUUGCUAUGCCGUUCGCAACUUACGUCGAUAUCAAUUACGUUGAAUACCCACAAAACUCCAAACGAAAUUCAGAGGAGUCCGCGAUUUGUGCGAUGCUGAAAGAAAACAUGCCCGAAUUUCCUCUCUAUCAACUUAGCUGCAUUCUCUUUUUCCUCAUACCAAUGGUGUUUAUCGCGGUGCUUUAUAUUCGGAUAGGAUUACGAAUACAAAAUGACAGCCUUGCGGAGAACGUCGAGGGAUACGUUCACGGGGAAACGAAACAAGUCCAGUCACGAAAAACCAUCACACGAAUGCUGAGUGCCGUGGUGAUCACAUUUUUCAUCUGUUGGGCGCCGUUUCAUGUUCAACGAUUAUUAUAUGUGUAUGAGGACUCGACGUACGAUGACAUAAACCAGUGGGUAUAUCCGCUCACUGGUUGUCUUUACUACUUCAGCACGACUAUUAAUCCUAUCUUGUAUAAUGUGAUGAGCGCGAAAUAUCGGAACGCUUUUAAAGAAACGUGUCGAUGCUCGCCUAGUAAUCCAUCCAUUACCAGAACCGGCCUAAGUAGCGUGAGAGAUUCGAGUAUAAUUUGUGGUGGUAAUAAAAGAUCUCAGGUUUUUCGUGGAAGAGAUGCAAAUAGACAAAAUAGUUGUAACAUAUACAACGCAUCAAGCCGUAUGGAAAACAAUUUACGAGGGGAAACACAGUCAAAUCAUAGAGAAAUGGAAAAGCGACAAAGUGUACCUGCAAACGAUUUGUUGACAGCGGAAAAGGACAACAACGAAAUUGUAACUGCACAGUUUUUAAAUCAGUUAAAAAAAUCAUCAGUUUUGGUGCAUACGAAAAAUGGACGUCUUAAAUAUCAAGUAUCUGACAAUGAUAUAUCUACUAACGAGACACAUAUUUGAUCAUGAUUGCUGAAUCGUAAAAAAAAGCAAAUAUAAAGCAUAAUUUGAAGACUGUAACAAAAAUGAUGAUGUAAAAAUGGAAUUUAAUACAAAAAUGACAGAAUCUUUUCAUGAUUCUCAAAAUUUUCAUUUAAAAUUGUCACAAGAUUCUAAUAUAUCUGAUACUCAAGAUGUUAAUGAUGCAGAUAUAAUAAUAAUGAGUAAUUCCAGUUCUAAAUCAACUUGUUCUAUACCUAAAUAUGUCAUAGGAUCAACAUCACAUAAUCAUCCUAUAACAAAUAAUACUAUUUAUAUUGAAGAUUCUUCAGAUUCUGAUUCCAUAGAUAUUGCAAGUGAAAAAUAUUUCCAAUCUUGGAGAGCAAAUAAAAAAUCCUAUUUUAUUAAUAAUUUUCAAGAAAGAAAAGAUAUUCUAAAAAAAAAUAUAUUGCCUAUAUCUGAUGACUUUUCAUCUAGUAGUAGUGGACAAGAAUAUAUAACAACUUCUAAGAGGACAAACAGUAGUUAUAUCAGUAGUUGUACCACAGAAAAUAGAGUUAAUGAUAUAUCAGAAAGAAAUAUUCAAUGCAAUACUAAUUCUACUGAUAUUAAUAAUUUGAAAAAUUCUAAUAAUAUUACUCAAUUACCUAAAACCAUAUCUCAUAUUAAUAGUGAU